UUGUGAUGCUGAUGGGGUAUCUGCUCCUUUGGGGGCAACUGUCAUCCAUGGCUGGGGGUAUCUGUCACCUGUGAGGGCGGUAUCUUCCCCCCUCCUCAGGGCAUCUGUGAUCCCCGAGGCACGUCUGGCCCCCCAUCACGUGUGACCUUGGAAGUAUCUGUCUCUUGCAGGUUAUCUUCCGUCCCUGUUCCCCCCGAGGGAGGCAUGUCACACUCUGGAGCGUUUCUGUCCCUCCCGAGCCACAGUGACUACUCUCCCGCAGGGUACCCGCUCCCCCCUCCAUGGGGCAUCUGUGGUCCCUGGAGCACCUGUAAUUCAAUAAGGGGUCACUCACAGAGGAUCCUGUGGUGUUGGGGGGCCAGGUCUUGCCCCUUGUGCUGGUGUCAGGGAGUCAGGCCACCUCCCACGGGAGGGAAGGAAAAACAGCCUUAAGUGGAUUUUGGCUGGUGCUGGCCCCAGCCUGGCGCCAGGAGGAUGAAUCUGCAUGUGGGGCUGAUGAGGGGCCAGGAUGGGCACGACUGUCAAUGCAAGACACAGUGGGGAUCCAGGGCGGGGUGCACUGUCUCCUCCGUGCCCUCAGUGCUGCCCAAUCCGCUGCAUUCCCACAUCCCGUGAUCACUGGCCACGGGUUGUGCUGCACCACGACCUUUGAGAUGAGCUGUGCUCGUCCCAAGGCACCUGGAGCCCAGCUGCCCCCCAGAGCAAUGGCAGCGGUGUUGGCUCUGCUGGUGGCCUGGCCAGCUGCCACUGCAGCAGUGACGGCGACAGGGGGCUCGCUGCUCAACGUCUGCAUGGAUGCCAAGCACCAUAAAACAGAGCCUGGCCCUGAGGGGCAGCUCUACGGGCAGUGUGUCCUCUGGAAGGACAAUGCCUGCUGCACUGCCAACACCAGUUUGGAAGCUCACCAGGACCAGUCCUACCUGUACAACUUUAACUGGGACCACUGUGGGGCCAUGCCAGAGAAGUGCAAGCGCCACUUCAUCCAGGACACGUGUCUCUAUGAGUGUUCCCCUAACCUGGGGCCGUGGAUCGACCAGGCAGACACCAGCUGGCGGAAGGAGCGGAUCCGGGAUGUGCCACUGUGCCAGGAGGACUGUGAGCAGUGGUGGGAGGAUUGCCAGGAUGCUGUCACCUGCAAGGUCAACUGGCACAAGGGCUGGAACUGGACUACAGGCACCAACCAGUGUCCCAAGGGUGCCAUGUGCCAGAAGUUCAAGUUUGUAUUCCCCACGGCGGCUGCACUCUGUGAGCAGGUCUGGUCUGGCUCCUACCGCUACACAUCCCACCACCGUGGCAGUGGUCGCUGCAUCCAGAUGUGGUUUGACCCCACGCAGGGGAACCCCAAUGUUGCUGUCGCCCAAUAUUAUGCCUAUGGCGAUGCUCCCCCAAACUCCCGGCUCUCUAUCCUGCUGUCCCUGCUGCUCCUCACCCUACUGGCCUUGCUCUGAGCAGGAGGGGCUGCAGGCAGGAGCAGGUAGUAGGUGGUCAGAGGAGUCUCCAUGCUGCCUUGUGCCUCCCCGUGACAUGUCCCCAAGCUGUGUCCCCCGACCCCGACCCCGAGGCAUGUGGCUCAUGAAUAAAUGCUCCUGCCCUACUUGG